UAAAAAAUAUACAUAUCGUAAAAUUCGAAUAUUCGGGUUCAAGAUGUAAAUCGAAAGUAGAAAUGACGGUAUUCUAAUCAGUUAGAUCUAAAAGUAAUUACUGUACAGUACUGUACUUGUAUUUAUUUGACAAUUGAUCCGUGGAAAAUGACAUUAUAGAAUUUCUUUCAGGCUGUUUAUUUUAAAUCGAACGAAAGGAAAGAUAUGUGUGAAGGGACACGUAGACAUGUUUAUAAUAGCAUAGUGGUUAUAGAUAUUUGAAAAUGUCUUCAACAUCAGAAGAUAAGUUAGCAAAAGAACAACAGGAGGGAAAAACUAUCAUUGCAAAAAAGAUGGGCUACUGUAAAUGCAUAUUUUGGACAUUUUCUGUGCUAGUUGGUAUACUUGCUUGUUUAAUUGGAAGUGUAUACAUUUAUAUGAGAAGAAGUGAAAUACCUGAAGAGAUUGCAAUAAAUCUUGGAGAUUCAGGAGUCCAGACGUUUAGAGCAUUUGACAGGAAUGAUGAUGGCUAUAUAUCCAUACAAGAAUUUGAACCAAUGUAUCAUCAUCUUGUAAAUGGUGGACAUGCUAAUUUUACAAGUGAUGAUGAUAUCCAGUAUGACCAAGAGUUAACAUUUGCUGAUGAAAUUGUCACAGUAGUGCCGAGUUUCAAACCUCUUGAACUUACAUCAAUGAUGAGAGACCUUGACAGACACAAGGGGGCUGGAGCGAUGAGUUGGCUACUAUUUGCUGUUAGAUAUACAGUUGAAUACUUCCAGGAAAGUAGAAGAUAUCUAGCUGGUAGUCCUGAUCCCUUACAUGGCCUCAAGAGCUGGAAAACUGCCAACAAAGAAUUUCUCAACUUUGCUGUGCACCAUUUUGAUGUAUUCUUACCAAAAGAUCAUUCUUUUGACAUUGGAAAAGUUUAUUACAUCGUAGAAGAUGAACAGUCAUUUUUUCAGACAAUGGUAUCAGAUAUUUCCAGCAAUCGUUAUUUUCCACCAUCUGUCAAAACAGAGUAUGUGACGUUACAUAGGUUGCUGACAAUAUUUCAUCCCAGGCCUUUCCUUCAGUCACGAUUCAAACCUAGAGGUUCUGUAGCAACAGUUCGAGCCAAAAAUGACAAAUAUAUUGAAAUAGUGUUCAGGAUCCAUGCUGAAUUUCAGCUGAACCAGCUCCCUAACUUCCCGUUCUGGUUCACACCGGCUCAGUUUACCGGAAAACUUAUUCUCACACAAGAUCUGAAACAUAUUGUACAUUUUAAUAUGUAUGUUCCCAACAAUAAGAAGUUAAAUGUUGAUAUGGAAUGGCUGGAAGGAGGUAACAAUAUGGUUGUAGAUAUUGGCUAUUUACCGGAGAUGUCCCUGAAAAUCACCGCUCCAUCAGUACCAGGCAAUAGUGUUGUUCUUGAGGAGAUGAUAAGUGAGAAAAAGUUUGAUGUUGAUGAUAUUUCAUGGUCAGAGGAAAUUUCAGAAGAAGAAGCAUUGAGAAAUCUUCAAAAGGAAAUGUAUCCAUUUCAGAAAGUACGAUACUACAAUUUUACAGAGUCUCUAGACAUAGCAAAUAAGGAGAACAAGAUAAUGCAUCAUAUAUUAUUAUGGGGUGCAUUAGAUGAUCAGAGUUGCUGAGGUUCAGGGCGUACCCUCAGGGAUGUUACCCUGGAGAGUGCGCCCAUUAUACAACUUCUGACAGAGAAAUUUGUCAGUGGUUGGUCCCUGGUUGUAGAUCUAGAGACAUUGAAAGAUGACUCGACCCAACCAGAGAUAGCUAAGGUAGCCAGUCAUUUCUUAGAGCAUUACAGUUUCCCGGUGAUGAUGGUUGUAGCAUAUUCUAAUGGCACUAUAGCUCAUAAAAUCAAUGCUAAUCAUUUCCUCGAUACACAACCUAGUGUCGUAGAAGUUGGGUUUACAGAGCCAAGUUCAGUACACUAUAUGAAGUUUUUGAAGGAAGGAAUGAGCAAGAUAGAACAAGGACUUGUAGAAGAUCUCACAACUCUUACAGAUAAUGAACCUUUCCAUCCUCAUUAGACAGCUUACUAAUUAGGCCUUAGUGUAAUGUUUGUGAUAAAAUGUCUUCCAAAUAGAGAAUAUAGUACAUAUAUUAUUUUAUUAUAAUACAAAUGAAUUUUCUGGAAUUCUGGUUGGCUUAAACAAUUUGUAUAUGAUGCUGAAUCAAAGCAUGUACAAAUAAAGUGUUUUCUAUAUUGUAGACAGUAAACUAAGUGUAUCCAUAAAAUUUAUCAUUAUCUUUUGUUCAUUAAGGCAUAUUUCUUGAUUCAAACUUCAUUACUUGAAAAAAAAGUUUAAAGUUACACCAGUAUCAUGACUUUAUUAUGAUGAAUUACUUUUAUCUAUGCCCACUCUUAAAGAAGAGGGGGUAUAUUGUUUUGCUUAAGUUAUGUCAGUCAGUCUUGUCUGUCUGUCUGUCUGUAGAUCACAUCGUUUCUGCUGAUUAACUUGAAAACUAUUUAUCACAAAAUCUUCAUAUUUCACAUAUUGAAUAGUCAUAUAUAGUAGAUGACCCCUAUUGAUUUUGGGGUCACUUCAUCAAAGGUCAAGGUCACAGGCCUGAAAUGUCAGAAUGGUUCCCCUCAUUAUCUUGAAAACUAUUUAUCACAAAAUCUUCAUAUUUCACAAAUUGAAUAGUCAUAUAUAGUAGAUGACCCCUAUUGAUUUUGGGAUCACUAGUUCAAAGGUCAAGGUCUUUAUAUUUCACACUCUGAUUGGUUAUAACUAGUAGGUCAUUAUUUUUCUAUUUUUCCAUAACGGAACACUUCCAUGUACCCAUUUAUGGCAAGCUUCUAUCACAAAAUUACCAAAAAUAUGAGUCAAUGGCUAGAAAGAGGCAUAUGUGCCGUUCGACAUUUCUUGUUGCACAUUGAAUUGAUUGUUUAUAUGAAGUGAUUUACUUGAAUUUAAACUAUGCAUAUGAAAAAACUAUUUAUUGUGUUACAUAUAUCAUGUUGCUAUUUAUUGUAUUAAACAAUUUAUGUAUUUUUGUUAGUUUAAUAACUAAGUAUUUUUUGUAUGACAAAGAUAGUGUUCAUGAAUACAUUCCAUUGUCAAUGAGGAACUUUAUACAUAAAGAAACCUUACUAUUGUAAGCUUCUAAAAAUUAUCAAAAUUUUCUUUACUAGCUAGCUUUUGUUUACUUUAUCCAACCAAUAUAUGACCUGGUUAACCAGAGCUUUGUUUGUUUCUAACAUCUGUGUAAACACAGAAACUACAAAGAUUUUAUGUUUUUAUUAUUUUUAUGAUGUUAAGCAAUUUUGUAAUAUAUAAACUACUGUAUAAUAAUCCCUGUGUUGUAAGUGUAAUCUCGUCAAGGGUUGUGUUAAAUUUCACUACGCAGAGAAAUAUUUCAACUUUUUAUUCCAGUCAGAUAUAUCCUGUAUAAAAUCCUGUUAACUUUUCAACCCUAUCUUAAAAACUGCUGACUAUAUAGAAUUUUAUAUACUUUGAUUUGUGUUGUUACUUUAGUUCCUACAUCUAUAUUGUUAUAGAUAUGUUGGUAUAAACAUUGUUGUAAUGUUACACUAACUUUAUAUCAGAGAAUGAAGACAGUGUUAUAAAGUGAUUACUUACUGAACACUGUCUGAUGCUAACCUGAUAACACAAAGUUAGUCUAACCUUUGUACAUGUUUACUGACACAUAUACAUUUUUAGCAAUUUCAGAAAUCCAUUUUCUUUAUUUUAUAAAAAAAGAAGAAAUUCUGCAAGAAAAGUUUAUCUUCAGAUUAGAGACUUGGUAAAGGAAAAAUUUGUAGUUGUUAUAACCUAACAUUUUUAAUGUACAAUAUGUUUAUACAAAUAAAAUGUCUCAUUAUUAUCCCCUGCCGAAAAGGCGGCGGGGGAUAUAGAAAUAGUCUCCGUCUGUCCGUCCUUCCGACCGACAUUUUUGUCCGGAGCAUAUCUCAAAAAGUAUUUGAGGUAUCAACUUGAAACUUCAUAGGUGGAUAGACCUCAUUGAGGAGGAGUGCAGUGCACAAGAAUGAUAACUCUACCCUGCAUAAUUUUUGAGUUAUUGCCCUUUGUUAUUUUUUUCAAAAUUAAUUUUUGUCCAGAGCAUAUUUUUACUCACAAAGCCUUUCAGAUAUCAUGAAACUUCAUAGGUGCAUAGAUCUCACUCAAGAGGUGUGCAGUGCACAAGAAUGAUAACUCUACCUUUUAUAAUUUUUGAGUUAUUGCCCUUUGUUAUUUUUCAUACUUAAUUUUUCACCUGAGUGGAGCACAACUAAAAAGUGUUUGAGAUAUCAACAUGAAAUGUCAUAGGUGGAUAGAUCUAAUUGAGGAGGAAUGCUGUGCGCAAGAAUGAUAAUUCUCCCCUAUAUAAUUUUUGAGUUAUUGCCCUUUGUUUUUUUUAUACUAUUUUGUCUCAAAAAGUAUUUGAGGUAUCAACUUGAAACUUCAUAGGUGGAUGGAUCUUGUUCAGGAGGAGUGCAGUGCACAAGAAUGAUAACUCUACCCUGCAUAAUUUUUGAGUUAUUGCCCUUUGUUAUUUUUCAAAAUUUAAUUUUUGUCCAGAGCAUAACUCAAAAAGCCUUUGAGAUAUCAACAUGAAACUUCAUAGGUGCAUAGAUCUCACUCAGGUGUGCAGUGCACAAGAAUGAUAACUCUAGUUUUCAUAAUUUUUGAGUUAUUGCCCUUUGUUUUUUUUUUCAUACUAUUUGUCCAGAGCUUAUCUCAAAAAGUAUUUGAGGUAUCAACUUGAAACUUCAUAGCUUGAUAGAUUUUACUGAGGAGGGGUGCAGCACACAAGAAUGAUAACCUACCCUGCAUUAUUUUCCAGUUAUUGCCCUUUCUUAUUUUCAGCCAUCAGUAUUCACAUUGGUUUCAAAUCUGUAAUCACUUCAGCCAUCAGUUUUCAUUACCAAAAGACCUCUUAAAAUGGAAUUAUUCUGCUCUACUACAUAUAAAUUCUUCCAAUGAGCAAACACAUUCGGCGGGGGAUGGCCAUGUUGACAUGGCUCUUGUUCAUAUAAUGUUUGAUUGAUCUUGUACUUCAUAUUAUCAUCAAUGUAUUAUACAUGUAUGUAUUAUGAUCAAAUGCUCUAGCAGUGUCUUAUUAUUAUGUAAACAAAAACUUUACCAGUAAUUUCUGUUCAUUGAAAAAAUGUUUAAGUAACAUGCCAAUCUCAGUGUAAAUCUCGGUCAAAAUAACUUUAUAUUUUCCAUAAUUGUUUGCAAUUUUAUAUUUUGCUUCAAGAAAUAAUGACUGAUGUGAACCACGGAAAUUACUAUAUUUUUUUUGUUAUUGAUAGGUAAUAUUAACUUGAUAGAUUCGCGUGCAUACACAUCAUACAUUGAUAUAAGAGACAGUUGUUUUAUCAUAGUUACUUGCUAUUAUAAGUUAUUGGUCUUUCACCAUUAGUAAAGUCAACAUUUUGAAAUAGAAAAUUCAGCUCACCUUGAAAACAUUGUAUAAUUCAUGUUUCUUUUCAUAAUCUUCAGAUCUCUUGUAACACAACAAGACUUCUUUUUAUUUACAUGUACUAGUUUUGUACAUUAAUUGACUAUUGUAGGGCUUGUCAUUCAUUUCACUUGUACAUUCAUUUUAUAGUACAUUUUAACUUAACAUGUAUAUAAAACUGGUACUUUAGUUAUACUUUAUUUACAAAAGUUAUAGAUCUAACUAUAUUUUACAAUAAAACUUAACAUAUAGAAACUACCAUUGUUAAGCUCAGCAUAUAGUCAUGCUUUAUGAUUACAAGUUGAUCAAAGUUAUUACUCGACCAAAAAUUCUGUUUUACUCAUGUGGCCCACAUUUAUGGUUCAGUUUUUGAAAUUAUUUUCACUGACAGAAUGGUACAUAUUACAUGUGUAUUUGGCAUUAUUAAUUAAAAGAGCUGUCAUAGAUUCAAUGCAAACAAAAUGUUGAAGUUAUAUUGAUAUAGGAUGACAGAUAUCGACAAAUACACCGAUAAAUCGAUAAUAAUUUGCCUUUACUAUCAUACCUGUUCAGAUAAUUUCAAUAAAAUACAUGUUUUCUUACAAUUAUGAUGGGUCUUGUUAAGAAAUGCCAAUUGCUGGAUUUUUUCCCGACCAUUUUUGUCAUCACUAUGAAAUAUGUUCCUUACAUAACGAUGCCAUAGUUUUAAACAUGGACACCUAUGUCUGUAUAUUUAAGUGAAUUUUCAUAAUUUGUUGUUGUUUUAUUAAUAAGUCAAUUUAAUCUGUAUUUAAAUUUAUUGACAGAAAAAUAUUGAAGAUACUUUUGAUAUCAUUUCUAUCAAUGACAGCUCUUUGAAUUACGUACAUGUUCAUAUCAUUAUGACUAGUGAAACAAAAAACAGAACAAAUUAUCAUAGAAUCUUCAUAAUAAAUAACCAGCAAACAACAUUUUUGUCAAGUUUAGAAUUUUUGUAUUACUGUAAAACGGUAUAAGUUUUUGUCUGUGAUAUAAUAUAUGUUGGUAGCUAGUGAUUUGCUGAGAAAUAAAAGUAUGAAAUA